AUGAAGUUGCAAGGGGCGACGGCUUUAUACAACGCCUUUGUCAAGCUCCUCAAGAAUAUCAACGCGAUAUGGGGCAUCCCGAGCUGUGGCCGCUUUCUGCACGACUCCAAAGUUCGAAACCUCUUCCGUGAGGGGUGCUUCGACGCUUCCGCCUACGAAGUACUGGGCGCCAAGUUCAUGGCAGCUAUCAACUUCUUUGGGUCCCUGUCAGCGCCUCAGACGGCAUCCGUCAUCCUAAAGAUGAUUUCCGGCAUAACUCUCAUCGACGAGAUGCUCUUCUGGGAGGCUAAAAAGCACCCUGGCCGGGUCAUUACCAGUGCAGUCAUCAGCCGCGUUGUGAUUCAGCUCCGGAAGAGCCGAGGCCAGCAACGAAUGUCGGAUCUCCUGACGACACAGGUUUAUUCGGGGAACUGCUACAGCAAGUCAGCGUGCAUGGAGGAGCUGCAGCACGCCGUUAACGAUAGCCGAAGGGUUGUAAGAAAGGGGGUUCUUAGAAAGAAGACUAUUGCCGGGGACAAAUGA